CAUUCAGUUGCGUUUCGAUCGUCAACUCGGCCGGUAGUGCUUCCCUCUAAACUAAGUUGGUGAUCUCCCCCUUCCUCAGCCAAGAACUGAUUUAAGGCUUAACCACAUUGUUGUUUGUGAGUAAUGUUUGAAAAGGCAGGACGACGGUGGUCCCUUUCCCAGCCCAGCCCGGUUGCGACGACGUGCAUUUAAGGUAUCCUCCUCCCCAUGCGUUCCAAUUUGCGGUUAGAAGCAGUCAGAGAACGUGCGAUGUGAAACAGUCGUUGUCGAGGGCCGUCCGUAACAGAACGAGAGAUACAGAGUGAUCGUGGUGCCGGUGGUAAUUCGGUAAUUCGAUAGCCAAGGCAGCAAAAGAAAAAAAAAGUGCAAUUUUCAUUUCGGCGGGCCGAGGAGAGUCAACUCUUCGAAUGUGAAAACAUUGCUAGUAGCAGCCCAAAAGAACCAGUGAAGCCCAAAAAAAGUGUCCCAUUGGCAAAAAUAAGCAUUUUUGCAGAAGACAAGUGAGUGAGAUCGAUCGAUAUACGCGCAGAGGUGUGUAGUAAGCAGCAGCAAUCCUCGUACAACCAAACCCAGUUAAGUGCCAGUUGUGGACGCAUAGAUAUACGGGAAUCGAUUGGCAAAGCCGCAAACGUGUAGUCUUGGGAAGAUGAUUGGAUUACCAGUGGCGACGAAGAAAACGACGACUGCGAAUACGACCUGGGAUCAGCAUCUGAAGCAGCAACAGUAUCAAUAGUGACCGGCUGUAGCGGAACGGAAUUGAAAUCCGGUGCUCCAUCCGAGUGUGAGGAGGAAUUUCAGCCUCGUACAGAUUUGUAACGCGAUAGAUUUGAGAGGAAUUUUCCCGAAACCCAGCGAGAGCAAAAAAAACGAGUAGCAAAAGACACGCAGAUAAGCCGGAAACCAUGACAAUUAAUACGGACGACCAGUAUGCUGAUAAUGAAAGCAAGAGUAACAUCACAUCAAGGCGACUAACGUACCAAUGCACCUGGCGUUUGAGCUGCGAAUCGAGGAAUUACGACUUUCCUGCCACUUCUUAUCGCUACAGCUCCACCAGCUAUCCGGAACCGGACGACGGCAUCAACUAUGCCGCGGCGGACGACAAAGCCACCCUCAUCCAGGUGUGGAAACCGAAGAACUACGGCUCGGUCAAGGGCCAGAUUCCGCAGCACGAUCGGCUGACGUACACGUGGAAGGAGAUUGACGUGUUUGGCGAGAUGCCGGGCGACUCGAAGAAGGAAUCGAUCUGCAACCGGCUGUGUUCGUGCUUUUCCCGCCAGAAGAAGGACUUUAACCCGCGGAAACACCUGCUGAAGAACGUGACCGGCAUGGCCAAGAGUGGAGAGUUGUUGGCGGUGAUGGGCAGUUCCGGUGCGGGCAAGACCACCCUGUUGAACGCGCUGUCCUUCAGAUCACCGCCGGGGGUUAAGAUAGCGCCCACGUCGGUGCGUGCCCUCAACGGAAUUCCGGUCAACGCCGAGCAACUGCGGGCCCGGUGUGCGUACGUGCAGCAGGACGACCUGUUCAUAGCCGCACUCACCACCAAGGAACAUCUGAUCUUCCAGGCGAUGCUCCGAAUGGGCAGAAAUGUCCCCAAAAGCGUCAAGAUGAACCGCGUCAACGAAGUGCUACAGGAACUGUCCCUGACCAAGUGUGCGGACACGGUCAUCGGAGCGCCCGGACGGAUCAAGGGUCUGUCGGGUGGGGAGAGGAAACGACUGGCGUUCGCGUCGGAAACCCUCACCGAUCCGCAUCUGCUGCUGUGCGACGAGCCCACGUCCGGACUGGACUCGUUCAUGGCGCACAGCGUGCUGCAGGUGCUGAAGGGAAUGGCCAUGAAGGGCAAGACGAUCAUUCUGACCAUCCAUCAGCCCUCGUCCGAGCUGUACUGCCUGUUCGACAAAAUACUGCUGAUGGCGGAGGGUCGGGUGGCGUUUUUGGGUUCGCCGUACCAGGCGGCGGAGUUUUUCUCGCAACUCGGCAUCCCCUGCCCGCCCAACUACAACCCGGCCGACUUUUACGUGCAGAUGCUGGCGAUCGCCCCGAACAAGGAGUCCGAGUGCCGGGACACGAUCAAGAAGAUCUGCGACUCGUUCGCGACCAGCCAGAUCGCGCGCGAGGUCGCCGAGGUGGCCGCCACGGGCAAGAACGUCGAGGAGCACUACUUCCUGCAGCCGAUGGAGGGCGUCAGCCGGACCGGCUACCGGUCCUCGUGGUGGACCCAGUUCUACUACGUGCUGUGGCGCUCGUGGUUGACCGUGCUCAAGGAUCCGAUGCUGGUCAAGGUGCGCCUGCUGCAAACGGCGAUGGUGGCCACCCUGAUCGGUGCGAUCUACUUUGGCCAGCAGCUCGACCAGGACGGCGUGAUGAACAUCAACGGAGCGCUGUUCCUCUUCCUGACCAACAUGACCUUCCAGAACGUGUUUGCCGUGAUCAACGUGUUCUCCGCGGAGCUGCCGGUGUUUUUGCGUGAAAAGCGGUCCCGUCUGUUCCGGGUCGACACGUACUUCCUGGGGAAAACCAUCGCCGAAAUGCCACUCUUCAUAGCGGUUCCGUUCGUGUUCACCUCGAUCACCUAUCCGAUGAUUGGACUCAAGUCAGGUUACGUCCACUAUUUGAUUGCUCUCUCCGUCGUGACGCUGGUGGCCAACGUAGCGACUUCAUUCGGCUAUCUCAUCUCCUGCGCCAGCUCGUCCAUUUCGAUGGCCCUCUCGGUCGGACCGCCGGUAAUCAUCCCGUUCCUCAUCUUUGGCGGGUUCUUCCUCAACUCGGCCUCCGUUCCGGCCUACUUCCACUAUCUGUCGUACUUUUCGUGGUUCCGUUACGCCAACGAGGCGCUGCUCAUCAACCAGUGGAGCACGAUCGAGGAGGGCGAAAUCGCGUGCACCCGGAUGAACGUCACCUGUCCCAGCUCGGGCCAGAUCAUCCUGGAGACGUACAACUUCCGCGAGGAGGACUUUGCCUUCGACAUCGGCUGUCUGUGCGUGCUGAUUGUGCUGUUCCGGCUGGGGGCGCUGUUCUGUCUGUGGUUGCGCUCGCGAAGCAAGGAGUAAUUUUGUGGGAUAUU